AUGGCAAUGCAGGCGCGCACUGUGGAGGUCUUCUUUGACGUUGUCUCGCCGUAUGCCUACCUCGGUCUGGAGAUUGUGAGGCGGUACGCCGGGGCUUGGGCGCUCAACGUGGCGUACACGCCGUUCUUUCUGGGCGGGGCCAUCAUGGCGACCAAAAACACGCCGCCGGCCAACGUGCCGACCAAGGCCAAGUACAUGGAGAUAGAUGUGCGGCGGAGCGGCGAUAUCAUGGGCAUGCCGGUCAUCAUGCCCGACAACUUCCGCGAGGUCAUGUUUGGCACGCUCAAGGCCCAGCGGGUGCUCACCGCUCUCGCGGCGCUCGAGUCGGGAGGGGUGGAGAAGGAGACCGGCCUGGCGCGGGUGGUGGUGCCGGCCGAGGAAGCACAAGCCGGUCAGAGUCAGCCACAAGUUGUAUCGGCUGCGCUCGCCAUGUACAAGCGCACCUUUGGCGGCGAGGGCAAGGAGAUGAUCUCGGACGAGGGACUUCGCGCCGCGCUGAUUGAGGGCGGCGUCGAUGAUCCUGACCGCAUCGAGGCACUGCUGGUGGCGACGGGCGAGUCUGGGAUCAAGGACGCGCUUGCGGCCAACACCCAGCGGGUGGUGGACGCCGGAUCGUUUGGCGGGCCGACCUUUCUCAUCCACAACUCGGACGAUUCCGACGCGACGCCGGAGCUCAUCUUUGGCUCGGACCGGUUCCAUCACAUGGCACAUCUGCUCGGUGGUGGUCGAGUCUUGAUCUAG